GCCAACGCCGUACACGGCCAACGUUCGUCCGCUAGAAAGGCGGUUAUUCUCUGCCCGGCCCCCAGCUCCUCUCAGCAGCCGGCGCGUGGCCGCCCCCACCCCUCUGCAGAGUUGAGUAGUCUGCGGUUCCUUGCCGGUGAUCAACCGAGUUUGGUACCCCCCUUCCAACCCUCCCAACGAUAGGGCCCCGGCGCGCGUGAAUGAGUGGGCGGGUGUGUAUAUGUGUAUCCAUUUUUUCCUCCUCCUUCUUUCUUCACCCUCCCACAUCCCGCCUCUCAGGAAACACGCGUCUCCAAACAACCUCGGCAAGUGCUAGCAAACCCGUUUCGGAGGAGUGUUGUGUUUUCCGACCCCUUCCCACCUUCCGUUUCCUCCUUCACGGGUGCGCGUCGUCGAGACUCCAGCCCCCAGCUGGCCACACGGCCGGGCUUGGAGACCUGCGCGGCACUGCACGGCGCGCUACCUGCUGGGAGUGGUAGUUCGGGGGAAUGGUAGGCGUCACGCCCGCCCGACCCAGCGCAGAAGGGAUUUCUCGCCAGAGCCUGCGCCAAUGCCGGAGCGUGAAAGCUGCUUCUCCUACGCAAAGUCUCAUUGGGUUUGUAGCUUGAAGGGAAGGGGCGGCGCUACCAUGACAAGCUGAGAAGGAAAUUAAAGUGAAAGCCUGGCGCUACUAGAAGCGGUGACUUAAGGAAGAAUUCCCUGUGAUCCCAUCUUGCACAGCAAACUUAAGCCAAGUGAUGGCAGGCAUCCAGGAAGCUGGACUACAUAGAAUCCGGAGGAACGGAGAAACUGGCCAGCGUGAGCCCCUGAAAUCUCCUAGUGCUUGUCAUCAACUUAAAUUCAGGAAUUGCCUCGUGCGGUUUCCUUUCAUAGACUGAAACAGAGGCCCAGAGAAGGGAAGGGAUUUGGCCAAAGUCACAUAGGCGACAAGUAAAUAAAUAUUAAAGCCAAGGGUGGCAAGAGGAAUAAUUUAACUUACCGCAUCACCACUGAGCCCAAGCCUGUUUUCACCACACCCUUCAUGGAGAGGAAACCCUGGUGGUAUAGUGGUUAAGUGGCGCGGCUGCUAACCAAAAAGGUCAGCAGUUCAAAUCCACCAGGCUCACCUUGGAAACUCUUGGGGCAGUUGUAUUCUGCCCUAUAGGGUCGCUAUAAGUCGGAAUCAACUCGUGGGCAACGGGCUUGGUUUUUUGGUUUCAAAGAGCAGUGAAAAUCCGGUCACCUGUUCUCUUUAUUUCUUAAUGAAGUUUCUAGGUCCCAGCAAAGAGCGUGGAAGUAGAAACAAGUUUUUUUUUUCCUUAAAUAAUAUUAGUAAUUAAGGACCCUAACAUGGAGUGGGAGCCCCGGUGGUGCAGUGGUUAAGAGCUCAAGCUGCUAACCAAAAAGUCAGCAGUUUGAAUCUACCAGCCGCUCCUUGAAAACACUAUGGGCAGUUCUGCUCUAUCCUAUAGGGUCGCUAUAAGUCCGAAUCGACUGGACAGCAAUGGGUUUAAUGCGGAGUGAGACAAGCUCCGCGGAACCUAGAAACCCUGUUAUUUUGCAAAGUAAAAAAUUGAGUUUUAGGGAUGGCAAGCACUUUGACUGAGUCACACUUGGUCUGGACUCCAAGACUCCUACCUUCCUCCACCACCAUCACUCUUGAGAUUGCUUCAGCAGCUGCACUCUACCUUCGCUAAUUCUGCGGGGCACAUUCCACCGGCUUGGAACAUUGGAAUAGAGAGGCAAGAACCAUUCAAGUAUCCUGCAAGCUUCCACAGCCAUCUUCCAUUUAGAACUAAGAUUUUAAAAGAAUGAUCCCCCAAAGAACUAGAUGAUGCCUGACUACUACCACCAACCACUCUGACAGGGAUCACUAUAGACAGUCCUGGAUAGAGCAAGAGAAAAAUGCAGAACAAAAUUCAAAUUCGCAAAAAAAGACCAGCUUAUUGGUGUCACAGAGACUGGAGGGCUCCCUCCACACCACAUUGGCCCUCUACACCUUGGUAACUCAGAACUGAAGCCACUUCCGAAGUCCAUCUUCCAGCCUAAGGUAAAACAAUAACACAGCCAGAAGAACAUGUUAAUCAGAACUGCCUGGCAUCUUCCUGAACAAGACUUCGAAUAGAGCCCAGAAUGCUUCACUUUAUCCAGAAAUUUUCUCAAGCAUCUUCAAAGAUGCUGAAGUACCCUUUCACAGUGGGACUAGGAGCCAGCAGGAGAAUAGAUAAACUUUUUCUUACGACAUCAUUCCAGCAGAACUUUCCUCCUUUGUUUCCAAGGCCUUGGCUCUUGUCAUCAUUUCCAGUGUGUAUGAGCAAAACACAGUGUUAUCAUACUUCCCCACGCUGUUUUAAGGAAAAGCAGAAGCAACCAGAUCUUCCAGCAAGGUCACGAAGCACCAUCACUUACCUGUCUGAUAGUCCAAAGUCAGCUCUAUACAUAACUUUGGCAGGACUGGUCCCCUUUGUUGCUCCACCACUGGUCAUGGUGAUGACAAAGACUUAUAUCCCUAUAUUAGCUUUUACUCAGAUGGCUUAUGGAGCCAGUUUCCUAUCUUUCUUGGGAGGGGUCAGAUGGGGUUUUGCUCUGCCAGAAAAUAGUCCAGCACAACCAGACUUCCUUAAUUUAGCUAAUAGUAUAGUUCCUGUUGUGUUUUCAUGGUUUGCCUUCCUUAUUUCUGAAAGACUCAGUGAAGCUAUAGUCACAGUAAUAAUAGGUUUAGGAAUAACAUUACAUGUUGAACUUUUUCUCUUGCCUCAUUAUCCCAGUUGGUUCAAAGCCCUAAGGAUAGUAGUCACUUUAGUGGCCUUUUUUUCAUUUGUAAUCACUUUGCUUCUUAAGGAUACUUAUCCAGAGAAAGGACCCAAGAAACCUGGUCAAGUAGUAUAAAUAUAAAACCACUCUGGAGAUACCAUUAGUGUGUUGGCUGUAAGCUUUGUAUGGCUGCAUUUUGACGUUACCUUUUUCUGCUUCUCUUUUCUUCCACCAACGGUAAUUCUUCACAGAUUGUUUUUCAUAUCUGGAAAUACUUAUUUCAUAGUACCUUGGACAAGAGCUUAAAAACCCCUCACAACUCCUAUUCGUGUCACAUUAGGUUAUAGUCCUUAUUCCGUCUUUAUGAGUUACAUAGUCAUCCACUUAGAUAUAUCUAUUUCAAUGUUUUAAUUGUCUUGAAAAUAGUAAAAUUAAAAAAGGCCCUCUUGCUAGAGUUUAUUAUUUAAAAAAAAAAAAAGUACAAUUUCCCAAUUCAAGAGGAAAACCUGUUGAAUCCAAGACCAUCUGAAGAUAACAGGUGGUUUCAGUGUGAUGUUUCAUGAAGUUGCCUCUGGGAAUUGCAUAUCCAGGCCCAUUUUACCUGGUGACAUGACAUGAGCUGAAAGGAUUUGUGACUCUAAAGCCAACAGGAGCAGUGUCAUAAGGGAAAGCCAAGUUCAAGAAAAUACUGGACACGUUUUUUAGUUUUUAAUCAGGAUAUUUGGCAUAGUAUAGAUGCAGCUUAUCCCCUUUGUUAUCACCAAACAUGUAACACAAGCUGAUCAAAAACAUUUAAAAUAAUAAAGCCACUAAAAAAAAAAACAAACCCAGUGCCGUCCAAUCGAUUUCUGGCUCA